GCAAAAAUCGCAUUAGCCCCGUAUUUGGACCCGACUUUCGCUCAUUACUUUAUUCGUAUAUCAUUCAUUGUCUUGGGAUUUGGUGGAAGUUAUCUGAGACCCUUGGAGACCUUAACCAACGUUUUUGUUUUGUGCGAAUUGGUCUAGUUUUUCUCUUGAUCGAGCCAUUUCGGAGACCCACUGUUACGAUCUUGCUGAGUUUACUGUCACUGUCAGUUUUGUAUGUCAAUGAAGAUGGCGAGCCCAGUAAUCCGCGUAAUCAACCCAGAUGAGCCCGCUGUCCGGCCCAAGAAGCCCGAGCCCGCUGUCCGGCCCAAGCAGCCCGAGCCGCCUGUCCGGCCCAAGAAGCUUGAACCCGCUGUCCGGCCCAAGAAGCCCGAGCCCGCUGUCCGGCCCAAACAGCCCGAGCCCCCUGUCCGGCCCAAACAGCCCGAGCCCCCUGGCCAACUCACAGAGUCCCCGUCCACAGCACAGGAUCAUGAGGGUCAGCCUUUUCCCACGGAAUCACCUCUGAGUGACUCCCCUGUGGAGCUAGAGGGUUGGGUGCGUCUGUGGGAAAACCCCAAUGGCAUCCCAUCUGCAGACAUUUCCUGGCUCAAAGACCACAAUGAAAGAGGGCUGUUCACACCCGUUCAAAUCUAUAAGGACAAAAGUGGUCUGUUCAGGGAGGCGACGGGUGAUGAAAUCGGACCUGUCCUCGAGGGGAUCAGUGUCUGGGUAGAGGACCGGAACGUGCACCUCUACAAGUCUGGCUAUCACCACCGGGUACGUCACAUCUGUGACGUGUCCACCUGGUACACCAUGCUCACUGAGGUCCUGUGCUGUGGACCAUGUACAAAAGCGUCCAGAAGCGGAGAAGGUGGCACAAUGGGUCGGUGGCUUGCGUGGGAUGCCGCUAUUUUGUCCCAGCUUAGCGAGGCUCACCAAGCUAUGUUCCCUGCCAUCCUCACCAGCAAGCGUGGCGUGGAUAGGACUGUUGUGCGCCUUCUGAGGGACCGGACGGAAGGGAACACCAUGGUCAAGGUGUGGCGGCAGAUACAGGAGAACCACGUUGAAGAGUACCUUCAGCGUAAGGACCUGUACACCACACUCCUCAUGACUGUCGUGAAACCUGGAGGGAUCGUUUCUGCACUAAGGCACACUUUCCAGGCUCCACCUCCUCCAAGAGAGCUCCCCUCCGCGCGGCUCCUGCGCCACGCCUUCCUGCUGGCGGAGGCCAACAACGUGCAGGAUUACCGGAGCCAGAUCCUCUCCACUUUUGGCACUGUGCUGAAAAUGGAUUCCACCAAGAAAGUGGUGAAGAAGCUGUCUGGGGAGGGUGGAGGCUCAGCUGAGUGGUUCACCAGCAUCGGAAACGAGCACUCCCAGAUAGUUUCAUUUGUGCUGACCUGUGAGGAGUCCACAGAGAAGCUGAAACCGAUGUGCCUUGGGGUCAUGGAGAGGUUCCGGCUGGCCAAUCAACCAGUCCCAAAAAUUAUAUACGUGGACCGUGGGUGUUGCCGUGCGCAGGGCCCAACAGCGCUGGGGAUUUUGUUCCAGCCUUGGGUGGACAACGGGAUGGUUGUGCGUCUGGACAUCUUUCACUGGAUCCACCGGUUUGAUGCAGCCAUACGCACAGAGUCCCACUCAAGUAUGCUGCAUUCAAGUCUGCGCUAG